GAUGAUGAUGAUGAUAAUGUUGAUGGAAGUAAGUCGAAGAAAAAGAAGUCACGCAAGCGCAAAGCAAGUGUAACAGAGAGUGAGGCAGAGAGUGAUAAAGAUUCCGGAGAUGAAGGUGAUACCAGCGAUUCCGAUUGUGAUGUAAAAAAGAACCGUAAAAAGAGCAAAAAAGGCAAGAAAAAACGCGAUAGGAAAAAGAAACGAGAUCGUACCCCAUCCACUGAUAAUUCACCUGUCAACUCACCCACUCGGAAAUCGUAUGAAGCCAAAAGAGGUGCUAAAAGAACCGAGAAAUUACAUGAAUCGCCAAAGAAAACAUCUGAUGGCAAUCCUUUCCGUGGUCGGGGUCGAUCAAGUGAACGAUCUCAACACACAUAUCGUGAUCACAGUGAUCGACGUUAUGAUUCCUCACGGGAGAGUCGUCGAAGUCGUAGCGAUAGAAACUCGAGAAAUGAUCGUCAAAGAGAUAAUUUUUCUCGACAACGUCAGCGUUACCAAUCACCAGGCAGACGCAGUAAAGAUUGUAGCAGAGACUACGACCGUGAAAACAUUCGUCGCUCUAGAUCACGUCGAAGGUCCAGACGCAAUGAGUCCGCCGAUCGUUUUAAAGAGCGCAAGAGAAAAUGCUCAGAAGAACGUUCCUCAGCUCGCUUGGAGAAAAGGCAACGAUAUUCAUGCUCUCGUUCACGAUCAUUUGUGUUAAAACGUGAUGACAAAGUUGCACCAAGGGAUUCACGUUCAAUUCUGCGAAACGCACGCAAGCGCAGUCGUGAUCAUUUACAAAAGAAAGAACGGUUGCGUUCUCUUUCCCCAGAAAAUAAGCAACGAGUCAAAAGUAGUUCUUUGACGCCGCCACCACUGCUGCGAACUAAUUCCGGUGGACAGACGGCACUUGUAAAAAAUAAUGAAAACAGUUCUGACGGCAAAGGUAACGCUAAACCAAGCAGUAAUAAAAUACCUGUGUUCAGUCCUUCCAAACGUUGCCACUCAGCGAAUGUUUUUAAAAAUAGCACGAAAUCGUUAUCGCGUCGUAAAUCGUCUUCGUCUUCAAGUUCAGAAACAGCUUCGGAUUCAGAAAGUUCCCAAUCCAGAACACCUUCUCCACGCAAAGAGCAAUUAGAGAAAGCAAUGACAUCUAUAAUAACUAUCAAAUCAAAAGAUAUAAUAACGAAAAGUCCAGAGCGAACUCGUUCUUUAUCCAAUUUACAGGAAAAGUCAAAUAAGACUCAACGGCAAAGAGAAACGCCUCCAGGGUCGCCGAAUGAAAGGCAAAGAUUAUCACCAAAGCAAGAUAAACGCUCUGGAUUAAUAACGCAACGUUCACAUUCGAAGGAAUGCCACGAAAAGAGAUCGAAAACUCCUCUCGCCCCCCUUCCUCCUCUGAAAACAAAAGAGGAAAGUAAAUGUCGAAAAAUUUCACGAUCGCCGUCUAGAGACUCUUCAGAAUUGAGCUACUCGCCUGCUAGACGCAAUCCGGAACGUUACCGCGAUAUAUUGGAAAGUUCAGUCCAAAAACAAAAAUUAGAAAAAUCUAAAACUGAUGAUAUCCGCAGAGGACAGCAGCACAGUCAACAACAACAAAAAACAUCUGUCAAACGUAAUGACGACCACGAUAAAGAACGCCUUGCUUAUAGGAAAGAUUUGGAUAGCAAAGCCCGUUUGAGUAUUACUAAAUUGGCCCCCGUAGUGCGUUUGCAUUCACAAAGUGAAGAUGAAAGUGAUUGUGGUGAGCGAAACUCCGAUAAAGCAGCUUCAGUACUUGACGAAUUUCAGGAAUCACGCCGUGAAAGAGAACUGAAAGAGCUUAAAAUGUUGGAACAGCUGAAGACAGGCAUUGCCGCGAAGGCCAAGGAAAAAAUCAAAACCAUAGAAAAACUGGCUGCCACCUCAUCAUCAAACAUCGGAGAAGUAAGUGAUAUUUCCGAUUAUGGAAAACGCGGUUUACGCAAUUCCCUUAACGAUUUUCUUGUGGCCAAUAAUGUCAUGCCUAGCAGCAGCAACAACAUCGCCAACAGUAGUAGCUAUAGAUUAAACAAUGCAACUCCGGCUGCUAUAUAUCCCCAAAAUCGGGAUGAAAUAAAGAAAGAGAAUGGAUCUCCUUCACGUAUAUCUAAUGCCAAAAAUACCAUCGUUAAUAAGGACAAUGAAACGCUGGCUGAUUGCAAACAGUCCCAAUCGGUGGCUGCAAAUGGUCAUGCGUGCAAAAGUCCAACAGCAAGCCCAACUCGCAACAGUCAUUUAUUACAUAGUAAAGACAAAGAACGUAAACGAGAUCGCGAACGUGAAAGAGAGCGAGAAUCAGACAGAGACAGAGAAAGACAAAUCAAUUACUAUAGAAGAGGGGACAGAGACAGUGAGCGCUACCGACGUUCACCACCCAUACAUAACGUUGGAUGUGGUGGCGUUAGUGGUGGUGGCAUCAACAGACGUAUUAAUAAUCUCUAUUAUAGACCUCGUAUGAAUGGUAACGCCAAUGGUGGUGGUGCUGGUCAUCUACUAACCCAUAAUACUUCUAUUAUACACUCCAAUAAUUGCCCUAACCAUGGCCAUCAUAAUUUAGGUCCGCUAACGGGUCCCUAUUCUCAUUCAGCUAACGCUAGCAAUAACGCAUCCGCAUUUAAUCGGCCCAGUCGCAUUAACAAUACCCCACUGAUUACAGCCACUCAGUUCAAUAAUCAAAUGUUGAGCAAACAAUCCAACAGUAUAUUGGUGGGUCGGCGCAACCAUCGUACUGCUUUAAGUUUGGGCUUAAGUGGCACACCAGCUACUAAUUUUAGCAAUAGCAAUUUACUACUAACCAAAGCUAACGCUCUCCAUCUGCAAAACCACCAUUCACACCAUCAUCAUCACCAUCAGCAUCACCAUCAUCAUCAUAGCAACAGCAACAAUACCUCAACCCAAAUCACUGAUCGCAUUCUAAUGGCUGCUUCCUUGGCAGCUGUCGGCCAUCACCACAAUGUGAUGGCCUACGGUCACAACAAUCCAAACACUGCUAAUAGUUUAAGUUAUCUACAACAACAGCAGCAACAGCAGCAGCAGCAGCAACAACAAUUACAACAAAAACCAAAAAUAGUUAUUAAACCAUUUAAAAUUAAUGAUUCACAGCCUUUGGUAGCUGCAUUGGCCGAUUCCACUUUGGUCGAUACUAUUGUCUCCAAGGUAUCAACUGCUACAGUCGCGGCGGCCGAAAGCGCAGCCCGCCGCAGUCGCAGCCGCUCGCGGCGCACGCGAAGUCGUUCACGACAUCACGAGGGUGCCACCAAUCGUCGUACCAAUAGUCGUUCAAGAACGAGAUCGUCGUCGUCGAGCAGUCGCAGCAGAAGUCGCAGCCAUAGCCGACGUAGUUCUCGCUCACGCUCGCAUUCCUCACAAUCCAGCAAUUCAUCACGUAGUUCGUCUCAUAGUUCGUCAAGCAGCAGCUCCGCCUCUUCACGUUCUGGCUCACGUUCGCCUUCCAUACCACGACGCCGCGGCUCUCCUAGCUUUUUAGAUCGUCGACGGAUAACCAGCGCUCGUAAACGUCCUAUACCAUAUCAUCGCAAAACACCAUCGGAUGUUACCAGUUGUUAUUGCUCCAGUUGUUGCAGCCGUGACAGUUCACCGCGAUCGCAUUCUUGUUCACCGUCGCAUGGCAGUCGCAGUCCUUCAAUGAUAUUUUAAGUGUAAUAUUUCUCCAAUCUGAAUUUUUUUCAGCCACUUCUUUCUUUGCAAAAUUAUAUUUGUUAGUAAUAUAAGACCGUAUUACUUUUCUCGGAUUUAUUUUCUUAAUGUUAACUGAUAGAAAUAUUGCUGAUUUUGAUAUGUAAUUAAUUACACUACUAAUUAAUGCAUUUAAGAUAAAUUUAUGUAUGCGUAUGUAAUUUCUAUUUUCAUAUAGGCCUAAUAUUGUAUAUGGCAACUUAAAAAAAUUUUAGU